GGCAACAUUAAUAAAAUAUUUUUAAAUUCUAUUGAAAUGAUGAAAGAUGAAACAUUUAAACGCAAAAUUAAUGCAAUUGAGACAUUAUGCAUACUGCUUCAAGGAAUUUUUGCCAAAAAAUUUAACAAUUUUAGCUCUGAUGUGAUCAAUUUAUUGACCGGGUUGAAUAAUGCAGACACUGUUUUUACUCAAUUGGUUGAUGCAAUCAAACAUUUAAUGGAAAAUGAUGAAACAGUAAUCAAAUACGAAGCACUGCGCCUUGCCAUCGUGGUUGUAUGUGGAAAUAAUAAUAUCAACCAAAACAGUAUAAACGAAUUCUUUAUGAAAAAUGAUAUAUUUGAUCCACUUAUCAAGCUAAUAAUUGCACCUGAGACUUCCUAUGUGGCUUAUGAAGCUAUAAUGUUAUUGGGAAUAUUGGCAAAUUAUAAUAAGCAUGAAUCCAAAAAUCCAUACAUGACAAAAAUUACCGCAAUAAAGGAUGAAUCCGUUUUUCAAAAAAUAUUGGAUGCUGUAGAAUCAACAUGCAAGAAAUGUCGCAAUCAUUAUAUUGAAAUUCAAGAUGACGAUGAAACUUAUAAGUAUUCAGUUUCAUCAGCCUUAUCAUUUGUUGGUGCUAUCUUACCAUGGGGAAUGAGUGGCAAUACAAAAGAACAACAAGAUAUUUCUGAUCCUGAUCAAGCUUUUAAUCAAUUGCAAGUAGAUUUAGAUUUUUCGACAUUUGCUAUUUUCCGGCCAUCAGCAAAUAUAGCAAUCCUUUUAAUUUAUUAUGACUUUGUGAACAAUAAUAAAGGAUUUGUUGCAUACAUAUCAAAAUCGAUAGCAGAAUAUCAGAUGAAUUCUGAAUCAGAAACAAAUUCAGAUGGGCCUUAUUUUCUUGAUUUUCUUUCAUUCACAUCUUAUCUUGUACAACACAACCGCUCAGCACGUACAGCGAGCUAUGUUAAGCUGUCUUUACUUGUGCUGCUUAUCUUGACUGAAGAUGUAACAUUUGAUAGUCGUAUUUCUGAUGAACGGAAAAGAUACUAUGUGCGACUUUGUCGACAGCGACAGCCUUUACUGCCAAGCGUAAAAGAUCCACACCCUUUAGUUUGUGCAAUAUUAGAUAUCG